UUUGCAUGGGAUAUAGUUGACUUUGUUGUGAGUGGAAAACGUCUAAAAAAGCCAUCUUAUCUAAACAAUGACAUAUACAACAUUGUGAAUGAUAUGUGGUGUCAAGACGUUUGCGAUAGAAUAAAAAUGAACGACGUGGUAUUAAAACUGGAAAACAUCAACAUAUAA